AUGGUGGGAAUAACAUUGCUUGUAGAUCUAUGGAGGAAAAACCAACAAAGCUUUAACAAGGCAUAUACCAAUCCAUCUUCUUGGCUUUUUUCUACAUCUGCCACUGCUGCCUCAAUUUCUGCUGGAGCCUCGUUUGCAUCAAAUGAUUUCUUUGGGACACCAGUGGCAUAUUGUGAUGCUGGAGUGGCAACUGCUGACGAACACCUUCCCGGCAUUCGAACUUCGCCAGGGAAAUAUUUUUACCAUGAUUCUCUAAAGUAUGGUGUAAAGACCUACAAUUUUGAACUUAAACCAUUGUGGUCUGCUUUUGAAUUGAGGUCAUUUGGACUGAUUUCAUUGAGGUCAUUCUUGAUGUUUUAUUUGCCUCUUUUGGAGCCUCAUGCAAAGAUGGAACAAGAUCAUCAUGACUUAUUUCUAGACAAUCAUGAUGAACUUCGUAGCAAGCUCACUGUUCCUUUCAAAAAGUCAGUGCUCCAAAUUGUCAGGGAGGUUACGGUUGUGACAACUAGACGCAUUUUAGAAAGAAUUACUUUCCAUUAUGGUUCAAGAAAAAUGGCAUGGAGACUUAUUAAAGAUGUUCCUACAUCGGCAGCUCGCAAGGCGGGAAGGAAAAUGCCAACAUAUAUUUACUUCUUUUCAGUGAGCAAAGCAACUUGUCGAGGUAACAUGCUUGGUAUUGCAGCAUCAUGGAUUGUCCAAGUAGGGGUCAGAAUAUUUCAAUUCUUUGCUACAAAGUCAAGAAAUGAGGAUGGUAGCAUUAACAAAGCUGAAAGAAACAGAAUUUUUAAACAGAAGGUUUUCUUAGCUACACUUAGGUGUAAUGCAUCUCUAAUUUUUGCAUCUAUUGGUGGAGGGAUUGGAGCUACCCUUAUUCGUCCUUCAAUUGGCCAGUGGAUUGGUUGUGCUGUUGGCGAUUUGACUGGUCCAGUUAUUGUAGCCGUUUUUGCUAAUAGAGUUCUUCAGUGGGACCUUUAG